AUGAGCGGGUCAUCUGGGCUGGGUCAGGCCGAGCUGACCUACCUGAUCGUGUUUUGCACGCUUGUUUCGCUGAUGCUCGUCUGUGCACUUGUCACCCUCAUAUAUUACUUAUUCUUCAGAGACUCGCUGCUUGGAGCUCACGACGACGAGAACAACGUGAUCUGCGAUGUGCUGAAGUACAAUCCGGCCAACUACCGCAACCAGGCUCUAUUCCAGUCGCUUAACAAGGUGGACAGACUGCGCUUUGUUCUGGCCAGACGAUUUUUCGAGGAAAAGCCUCCUAUUCUGCGCUUUAAUAACACCCCGGGCGAAAUCGACACUACUUAUUUAUUAAUUAGAGACCGUGGCAUCAGCAGUUUCUAUUUCGAAACAUACUACGACCAACUUUCCGAGCUGAGCCAGUCCUUGUGCGAUUCAGAGGCUGAAGAGGCGUCCGAGACCACCGCGUUGUUGCAGCCCAAGAGGCCUGAUUAUACGCAGGCACAGUUCAAGAAAGUGCCCUAUUACGUCGAGGACCUCACAGACAUCUCUUUCUCCGGCUCUGAGCAGAGUAGCGCCAUUCUGAACCUGCCAGUGCCGAUUAGAAACCGCAAGAACGACACGGUCUAUUUCGAGGCCAAGCUUUACGACUUCGACCACCGCCGCUGCAUGGUCUCUGUUGGUCUUUGCACAAAACCGUAUCCGAACUUUCUGCUGCCUGGACUGCAUCCCUAUUCGGUUGCGGUGCAGACAGACGGAUGUCUUCGCUUGAGUAACAGGCCUUUCCCCAACGACCCUGACUUGCCUGUUAUUCUGCCCCAGCUGCUGGAAGGCGACGUGAUAGGAAUCGGCUAUAAGGCCUCGAACGGCAAUGUUUACGUGACGCACAACGGAAAGAAAAUAAUCGAGGCCGUCCAGAACCUGAAAACAGAGCUCUAUCCGUGUAUUGGAGCCGUUGGCGGGCCGUGCACUGUCUCAGUGAACCUGGGCCAGAUCGGGUUUGUUUUCAUAGAAGCCAACGUGAAGAAACUGGGUUUUUGCGAGAGCCAGAACGAGGGAACGAUCGGCGCACCACCGCUCUAUUCUCCAAAGUUAAUCAAGAAUGAUAUUCUUCUAGAACAGGGCGAGCAGCUGCCUCCGGAGUAUCCUUCUGACGAAGAGACAUUUUUUGGACCCAAGCCGUAUCUAGAAAAGUCCAAGAAACGCGUGGGGACUCCAGAAUCGGAUCCGCCUCCGUACCUAGGAGACAACAGCGAGAAGAAGUCGCUCGACGACGACCAGCCAAGCGUCAUGGACCCCACCGAGUACGAGCGACGAAUCGAUAAUAUAGGGACUUCGCCCGCAUUAGGAACCAGCAAGACCGCGGGACCGUUUAUAGGAUAG